CAUGAACAGCUUCCUGAUCUUGUGCGUCCUCGCCCUGGCGGCCGCGGCCUCCGCGCGCCCCGAGACCUACACCAACAAGUUCGAUAACGUCGACCUUGAAGAGAUCCUGAGCAACCGGCGGCUGCUCAUCCCCUACCUCAAGUGCGUGCUCGAGCAGGGCAAGUGUACCCCUGAUGGCAAGGAGCUUAAAUCGCACAUUCGGGAAGCCCUAGAGAACAACUGCGAAAAGUGCACCGAAACCCAACGGCGCGGCACCCGUCGCGUGAUCGCCCACCUCAUCAACAACGAGGCCGACUACUGGAACCAGCUCUGCGCCAAGUACGACCCCGAACGCAAGUACGUCAACAAGUACGAGAGUGACCUCAGGUCUGUCAAGGCUUAGACUUGGACCUUUGGAGCGACAUGUGAUACUAUUGUAGAUUAUAGUGCAGUUUACAAAUAAAUUAUUAAAUCGUU